AAAUAGGAAUUUGAAAUUUUUCUUUGAAAUCGACUGUGAAUAAUUGCAACUCUUAAAGUGUAUAUGGACGACUCAUCACGCACUUCGAGACUAGAUCUAAAACAUAUCAAUCUUUAUUGCUUUAUCUUUGAAGAGUGGACUUCAAUUCCGUCAUGGAGUUUGCAUCUUCUUCUUCUUUAUCAUCAUCAUCUUCAUCCUUCUUAACAUCAGAACCCCAUUUCAUACACGAUGUGUUCAUCAACUUUGGUGGAGAAGACAUCGGUAGAAGGUUUGUUUCUCAUCUCCAUUCUGUCCUUUUACAAUCUCAAGUCAAAACUUUUAUUAGCCAGGAGAAUCUGCAUGAUGAGGGAAUGAAGUUGGAAGAGCACAUGAGAGCAAUAGGACACACUAAGAUUACAAUAAUCGUUUUCUCCAAAUCAUACACUGAAUCUGCUUGCUCUCUUCUUGAGCUUGAAAAAAUCAUUGAAUGCCACGAAACAUUUGGCCAAAUAGUUCUGCCCGUAUUUCACGAGAUUGACCCAUUGGAUGUACGUCAUCAGAAGGAUGAUUUUGGAAAAGCUUUGGAAGACACUGCACACAGAAGCUAUUCAGGAGAACAACUGCAACAUGCGCGGUCAAGGUGGAGCAGUGCACUCAAUAGAGUUGCAGGUAUGACUGGUUGGGAUGUCAGACAUUUCGGGCAUGAUGCUGCACUUGUAGACGUAAUUGUUAACCGCGUCAAGACAUUACUGGACUAUAGAGACUUGUUUAUUACCAGCUAUCCUGUUGGAUUAGAGUCCCGCGUGGAAGACGUGAUUAAAUGUAUUGAAAAUCAAUCCACCAAAGUGUGUAUGAUAGGAAUAUGGGGAAUGGGAGGAUCAGGUAAAACAACCCUAGCCAAAGCCAUCUACAAUCGAAUUUAUCGUAAAUUCAUUGGUAAGAGUUUUAUUGAGAAUAUUAGAAAAGUUUGGGAUCUAAAAUAUGAAAAAUAUGUUCUUUUGCAAGAAUAUCUCCUUUCUGAUGUCCUAGAAUCCAAGUUGAAGGUGAAAAGCGUUGGGAUGGGAAGAACUAUGAUCCAGAAUGAAUUUUCUCGAAAAAAGUUGCUCAUUGUGCUUGAUGAUGUGAAUGAGUUUGGCCAAUUAGAAAACCUAUGCGGGAGGCGUGAAUGGUUCGGUCAAGGAACUGUGAUAAUAAUUACAACUAGAGAUUUUCACUUGCUGAACCAACUCAAAGUUAAUUAUGUAUAUGAAAUGGAUCUUUUGAACGAAAAUGAGUCACUUGAGCUUUUUAGUUCGCUUGCCUUCGGAGAUGCAAAAGCAAAAGAAGACUUCAGUGAGCUUUCAAGAAACGUUGUUGCUUAUUGUGGAGGACUACCUCUGGCUCUUGAAGUGCUUGGUGCUUAUUUAUUUGACCAGACGUCAAAGAGAGUGUGGGAAGGAGUAUUGUCGAUACUAGAAAAAAUUCCCAAUAAGGAGGUUCAGCGGAAAUUAAGAAUAAGCUUUGAUAGUUUAAGCAAUGACAUGGAGAAGGAUAUAUUACUUGAUGUAUGUUGUUUCUUUAUAGGUAAAGACAGAGGUUAUGUCACAGAAAUACUAAAUGGUUGUGAACUAUGUGCUGAUGUUGGAAUACCGGUUCUCAUAGAACGUAGCCUCAUAAAAGUAGAAAAAAACAACAAACUUGGAAUGCAUCCUUUACUACAAGAAAUGGGAAGAGAGAUCAUUCGUGAAAACUCAAGAAAGGACCCCGGGAAGCACAGUCGACUGUGGUCUCAAAAGGAAGUAGUUGAAGUAUUGACAAAGAAUACUGGGACUGAAGCUAUUGAGGGAUUGGUUUUGAAAAUGGAUUUAACCAGCAGAGAUUGCUUCAAAACCGACUCUUUCAAGAAAAUGGAGAGAUUGAGACUCUUGCAACUCCAUCAUGUACAACUUGAUGGAAAUUAUGCGUACCUUUCUAAGCAACUGAAAUGGAUCUCUUGGCACGGCUUUCCUUCAAAUUCUCUGCCAAACAGCUUUUGUAUGAAUGAUGUAAUUGCUAUUGAUUUAAAGUACAGUCAUCUUCGAUUCGUCUGGAAACAAUCCCAGGAUUUGAAGUGGCUAAAAUUCCUUAAUCUCAGUCACUCCAUGUACUUGAGAGAAACCCCUGACUUUUCUAGACUACCAAGUCUUGAGCAGCUCAUUCUCAAAGAUUGUCCAAGUUUAUUAGGGAUACACAAAUCCAUUGGUGAUCUCUGUAAUAUUUUAUUGAUAAAUUUGAAGGAUUGUACAAGCCUAAGCAAUCUCCCCAAAGAGAUAUACAAGUUGAAAUCUGUGAAAACAUUCAUCCUUUCUGGUUGUUCAAAGAUUGACAAAUUGGAAGAAGAUAUAGCACAGAUGGAAUCCUUGACAACUCUAAUUGCUGAUAAUACUGCUGUGAAACAGGUCCCCGUUUCAAUAGUAACCUCGAAAAGCAUUGGAUAUAUAUCCUUAUGCGGAUUUGAAGGACUGGCACGAAAUGUUUUUCCUUCUAUAAUCCUGUCUUGGAUGUCACCAACAAUGAAUCCCCUGUUAUUUAUGCGUCCGUUUUCUGGCACAUCAUGUUCUCUGGUUUCAAUGAAUACACAGGAUAAUACUUUGAGUGAACUUGCACCAAUGCUUAGAAGCCUUCCAAAUCUUCGAAGUGUUUUGCUGCGAUAUGAGACAGAGUCUCAACUAUCUAAAGAUGUAGAAACCUUUCUGGUUGAACGUGCUGUAAAUGUUGCAGAAUUAGGAAUUUCAAGGCAUCACUUGAGGUCAUCUUUGAUUGGAGUUGGAAGUUACAAAGCAUUCUUUGAAAUUCUCAACGAUAGAAUAUCUAAGGGAUUGGUAACCAAUGAGGCUUCUGAAGUUUCACUCCCAAUUGACAAUAAACCUUAUUGGUUGGCCCAUAUAGGUGAGGGACAGUCAGUGUUUUUCACUGUACCGGAGGACUGUGGCAUGAAGGGAAUGACUUUGUGUAUUGUUUAUUUAUCAAACCCCGAAAUCAAGCCCACCGAAUGUCUUACUAGUGUCUUAAUAGCUAAUUACACAAAGCGCAGCCUGCAGAUACACAGGCAAGAAACAGUGAUUUCAUUUAAUGAUGAAGAUUGGCAGGAGAUAAUAUCACAUUUGGCAGGUGGAGACAAGGUGGAGAUUUUUGUGACUUUUGGUCAUGACUUGGUGGUCAAGAAAACGGCUGUCUAUCUUAUGUAUGGUGAAUCGAAAGAUAUAGAAAUUGAGCUGACGAAUUGUGAAUCGAAUGGUGUAGAAAUUGAGCCGCCGCAUUGUGAAUCAAUAGUUUCGAAAAUGAGGCAAUAUGUAUACCAAAUGAUAUUGAAAGUAUGCUGAUCCAUUGUGAAGCAAAUGAUAUCAAAAUUGCGGCUAUGAAUUCUGAAUCAAAUGUCUUGGAAAUGAAGUCUGAUCCUAAGCCAAACGGAAAUGGCUGCAUUAGAUUCUUCAAGAAAUUUGCACUGUGUGACUGGUAAGUCAUAUUCAUAUCCCUUUUAUGGGAACAAUUCAGAAUCCCUUGUGCUCUGGAAUUAAAUCGUAGUGUCCUUGAUUGUAUUCAAAUUCUUUGGAUUUUGAGUACCUUAUAGUGGGAAAAUUCAUGUUUAUUUUCCCCUGUUUCUCACUCUAACAGUUAUGCCUCUUUGGUUGUCCUGGAUUUUUUUUGUUGUAUUUUCCUUUUAGUAGUUAUUUAUGAAUUGAUGUCCAUGUUUUUCCUUC